AUGCUGUUGCUAUUGUCACUACUGCCUCUCCUGCCGCCGCCGCUGCUGCCGCCGCCGCCACCGCCGCUGGUCCUCCUUCUGCUUUUACUUCUCCUGCAUGACAGUUGUUUUCUUCAUCUGAGCAGACACCAGCUUCAGAUGCUCGAGGUGAGAAACAUGCCUUUCAGUUUGGGCUACUGGUUUACUUAA